AUGGUGUCGAAUGUUUCCCCUAAAGAAAGACACCUUGAUUCCAAAGACUUAGCGUUCACCGGCCAACUAGUACUGACAAGUGCAGACUUGAUCGAAGACCUGGGAUCAAAGGCAGUGAAUGCCACCGAUCCUAGACUGUUGAGGCUCCUUCGUGAAAAGUGGCUUCUUGCGCCUUCCAGUCGCCCGUACGACUUGAAAAAUCCAGAGAAAGAACACACGUCUCAGAUAGGGCAAUCGCAGACAGUUGAUAAACUACUGAAGCAGAGGCAGAACGGCUUUUUUGUUGAGGCGGGAGCGGCGAACGGGGAGUCCCAUUCCAACUCGUUAUUUUUCGAGAGAUUUCGGAACUGGACUGGGGUACUCGUAGAGGCAGACCCGUGGGCCUUUUAUAAGAUAACCAAAAAACACAGGAAAUCAUAUAUCAUCAACACUUGCUUGUCUCCGAGACCGCAUCCAGAGCGAAUGGAGUUUACAUAUGCCAGUGAGUUAGGCGGCAUUGGUGAGACGGGCCACGUUCUCCCUGACUAUGCACAAGACGCCAUUCGUGGCAAGGGCUUUCCGCAGUGUUUCCCAAUACACUCCAUCCUGGCGGCGCUGGGGGUGACCCACGUGGACUACUUCUCCCUGGACGUCGAGGGGGCCGAGGUGGAGAUCCUCCGGUCAUUCCCAUGGGAAGAAAUCACCGUGGACGUGUGGACAGUAGAGUAUGGGGUUUUCGGCUCUGGAGGAGGGGGAGACACGCAGAAGCGCCUCAAAGGCACCAGGGAGAUUUUCCAAAAGACUGGGUUGUACCGGGAGGUGAAAUUUCGUAAAACACAAGAUGUGUUGUUUGCUCGACGAGAGGUAUUGAUCUAG